UAUAACGCACAAUACACAUGCACAUACACAUAUACACCAAGACAGAUUUAGAGAGAGAGAGAGAAUGCGAAUGAUAUAUGUGUGUGAAGAAGAAGAAAAAGAAGUAGGAAGAAAGAAAGCAUCAGGGACAUGUCCAUAUUGUGGAGGGACAGUGGAGGCAGUAGACAUUGAAGGCAAAGGGAAGCUUUUCUGUUUGCCCAUUUGCUUGAGGUUCAAACGCAAAUAUCUCUGUUCUUCUUGUUCUAGGCGUCUUGUUUUGUACCCUUCCUAAGCAACAAAAACAUAUAUUUAUAUUUUUCUCUUAAUUAAUUAAGGCUGGAAUGUGUAGGUUUCUCUUUUAUCUUAAUUCUUAGCUGUGUCUACACAGCUACGAAAUUUUCAGCAGGUUUUUAUUAUUGCAUUUACAUUUUAUGCACUGAUAGUAUAAUAAUUUUUUUAUAUUAUCAGGUUAAAUUAUCUGCAUGAACAUUAUUUAUAAUAAGUUAUGUAUUUGGUAAUCCAGAAAUAAAGUAACUUACCUGUUAUAAUA